AUAUAAAAGAGUUGUUCCUAAAGCGAGACGGACGGUUAAACUGAUUGAGGCUUUGGGUUCCUUUAUAUAUUUACUCUCCUUUUUUCUUUCCCCCAAUUUCAUGUUUUCUUCAAACUGAUCCAUCUUUCAUUAGCUUCAAUCUUACGUGAAGUUGACUACAGAUUUCCAGUUUAAGGUUACUGCUGCAGUUUGUGACUGCUACUACUUUGAUUCUUCUCAGUUAACCGUGAGAGAUGAGUCAGAAAGGCCUGAUAUAUAGCUUUGUUGCUAAAGGGACUGUUGUUUUAGCAGAACACACAUCAUUCUCAGGGAAUUUUAGUACUAUUGCCGUUCAGUGCUUACAGAGAUUGCCUUCUAAUAGCAGCAAAUGCACAUACUCAUGUGAUGGGCAUACAUUCAACUUUCUUCUUGACAGUGGAUUUGUUUUUCUGGCUGUUGCCGAUGAAUCAGUUGGAAGGAAUAUGCCAUUUGUAUUUCUUGAACGUGUAAAAGAUGACUUUAAACAGCGGUAUGGCUCAAGUAUCAAGGAUGAGAAUCCUCACCCACUUGCAGAUGAUGAGGACGAUGAUGAUUUAUUUCUAGACCGAUUCAGUGUUGCAUACACUCUUGACAGAGAAUUUGGGCCAAGGCUUAAGGAGCACAUGCAAUAUUGCAUGAGCCACCCGGAAGAAAUGAGUAAACUCUCCAAGCUGAAGGCUCAAAUAACAGAGGUGAAAGGAAUUAUGAUGGAUAACAUCGAAAAGGUCUUAGACCGUGGUGAACGGAUCGAGCUUCUGGUGGACAAAACAGAAAACUUACAAUUUCAGGCCGAUAACUUUCAUCGACAAGGGAGGCAACUUCGGCGAAAAAUGUGGCUUCAGAGUUUACAAAUGAAGCUGAUGGUUGGUGGAGGAAUCUUGGUCUUGUUCAUCAUACUUUGGUUUAUUGUAUGCGGUGGUUUCAAGUGUUGAUUUGGUAAAGUUAGUAAGAGAUGAGUGUUUUCAGUUGGCUUUGUAUGGAAGGAAACUAUUACCAAAUAUAUAAAUAUAUAAUAUAUAAUAUGCUUUGUCUCUUGUUCUAAUUUGUAAUUAGCAUUCUAUAAUUAAAUUUACCUGUUAAAAUUUAUUGUGGGACAGGACAGGACUGGAUUUGUUCUAGCAAAGGGUCUCCUUGUAAUUUUCCUUCCUUUCUGGCUUUCUUAAUCUUUAUUAAUUUUUAAGACUA